CCUCUCUUCCGUCACUCGAGGUCGCCAACACGCCCCCUUUUCUGCCUGGCCAACGCCGCCAGGCAAGGGGCGACUCCUCGCGGUGAAACGGAGGAGGUGCGCACGGCGGGCCCCGCGCAGGCCCAGUAGCCCUGGAGAAGCCAGGCCUGGGCGGCUGGGGCUGGUGCCAUGGCGGAGAAGCAGGUGAGCCCCGGUGUGGAGUCAAUUCCCGGCCCUAAGGAGGUGGCGCCUGCAGCGCCUGCGGCUGCGGCGGCGUCGAUAGAGAACUCCGGGGCCGCCGCGAAGUCACCAGGCGUCGGGGACUACGAAGGCAACUGUGUGUUCUGUCGGAUUGCCAGGCGGCAGGAACCCACCGAGCUCCUGCACUGCGAGAAUGAAGAUCUAGUUUGCUUCAAAGAUAUCAAACCAGCAACAACCCAUCAUUAUCUUGUGGUGCCAAAAAAGCAUAUUGGAAGUUGUAAAGAUCUAAACAGAGAUCAAAUAGAACUGGUUGAGAGCAUGGUAGCAGUUGGAAAAACCAUUCUUGAAAGGAAUAAUUUCACUGACUUUACAGAUGUGAGGAUGGGUUUCCAUGUACCACCAUUCUGCACUAUAUCUCACCUACAUCUUCACAUUCUGGCACCAGUCAAGCAAUUUGGCUUCUUGUCCAAGUUGAUUUAUAGACCAAAUUCUUAUUGGUUUAUCACAGCAGAUUAUUUGAUUGAAAAACUAAGAAAAUGAAAAUAUCAACAAUGGAAGAUUUUCCUAACCUUGGCUUAAUAUGAGCUAAUACUUUGGUCCUUUUGAAUUGUAAUUUUAAUAUUUGUUGGUCUAUAUGAAAGAAUAUUACUGAGUAGUCUUAUUUUUGAACAAUCUGUAAAAUGGUUAUAUGAAUACUUUGUCACUGAUUUUGUUUUGAUGGUUAUUUUUGUAAGGGUUUAUGCAUAACGUAGGUAAAUCAGAAGAAAUUCCAUUAAUAAAAAUAGCUUCCAUGCUUCUUAAAAGUUAAAUUUCACUUCUCAGUAGUAUUGACAGUGAUUUAUUUAUGAUGAGGAAGCUAGUAAAGGAAGUACUUCACUGGAAUAUUUAUUACUAAAAAGGUGAAAAAGAAAGUAACUAUUUCUUGGUAAUCUAUAGUUUUCACAUACAUUUUUAAGAUAAAUACUUAGGAACAAUACUAAGUAAACACUAAAUAUUAUAAACUUAUAAAUACUAAGUAAUAAUACUUAGUAAUGUCUGACCUUGCUGAUGAAGCAGGAUGCACUACUUCUUACUUAUUUUCAGAUGUUUUUCAAUUCUUAUAUCCCAGCAUCUUUUUAAAUGAAUUGGUGCUUUUUAAAUGAAAGUGCAGGUAAAGAGAAACAUACAUACAUGCGUAUAUAUAUGCCCCCCCACACGUGCGUGCGCUCACACACACACACACACACACUUCCUUCUUAGCCAUCAGGAUAAGACUCAGUGAAUGUGUGAAACCCAGGAGAUAACCAUAUCGUUUGUAUACUAUAUUUUGUCUUUAUCCGUACAUUUCUGAUGAAAGUGUUGUAAGUUAGACACCACAGGAUAUUAAUAUAAUUAAUAAUAAAAUGUGCAAUUGUAGCAAUAAUGCUGUAAUAUUACCAGCAUCACUGUUGUACUUUAGGGCUAUUAUUAAUGAAAUAAAGGUUAGUUGAAUACUAUGACAGUUUGAUAACUGACAGGUGGAAUGUGUACUAUGUCAAUUCAGAUUCCAGGUGGGAUAGAGUAAGAUGGUGAGAUUUUAUAAGGCUACUCAGAACUGCAUGGGAUUGAGGAUGCAUGAAUUGUUUAUUUUAGGAAUUUUAGUUUAAUAUUUUUAGUUGGCCACAGACUGUGGAAAGGCAAACCACAGAAAGUGAAACCGUAGAUAAAGGAGUACUACUAUGUCAUAAUUUCUAUUAGAACUUUGCAAUAUGCAGCAAUUUGGCUAACAGAAUUCUGAAAUGGAAUUUUACCUGUAAAAACAUAAAGGAAACAAGCAUAAAAUACUAAACAUUAUGCUAAAUAAAUACUAAAAGAGGCAGAAAUUCUUGCCUUACAGCAUGUUUUCUUUUUGUACCAAACAGAAAUAAGAAUAAAAAGUGGUUAGAUCUGACUUUGAUUAUGAAAUAGCUAUGACCUGGAAGUAGUUCUAGACUUAGAUAAGAAAAUUUAUUUUAAUAACGUAAAAUUAGUAUUAUCUAUUUGUUAUUUUAUGAAGUAUGUAUCCCUAGGAAUUGUUUUUGGUGCUAAUCUACAGUUAAAUAGUGAAUGUGAAUGAAAAGUAGGUACUUAAAGCUAAUCCUGCAUCAUACCAGUGUAUAAUAGUGCCAUGUACACAAGUAGGAAUGAUCAUAUAGAUGAGUGCUCAUUGGAAAUAGGUUGAGAUUACUAGAUUACAUUCCUUUUUGGGUAUUAUACUUUCAAGUAGUGAAAUAUUUCCUAAAAUAUUUAGUUAUAAGCAUACAGAGUCAAUAUCAUCUAGUUUAUUCAUUAUUCAUCCAGCAAACAUUUUUUGAACAUUUAACAUGUAGCAGACACUGCCAGGAUCAGGAAACAAAGAAGUGAGGGGACAGUGUACUUUCAAUUACUACUACUACACAGGUCAUACCCCACAAAAUCAGUGAGCAGAAAUUUGUUAAGUACUAAUUUAGUGUGUCAAGUACUGUAAUGUUCUGAAAAGGUAGUGGAGGAGCACAACUUCUGUGAGUAGUUGGCAGUAGAGUUGAAUAUUCAAGACUGAGUGUUAGGCAAGUAGACAGCGGCAAUGUAGGCUGAGUGUUACACAUGUACCUUCCAUAUAUUCUGGCUCUGCUAUUACUUUACAGAUGAUUUGGAUGUCCAAAUUUUAGGUUAUUUCCCUGAGGUGGAGAGAUUUACAAGUAAUUGUUAUGGCUCUCAAAAUUAGAUGAUAGGUUUUUCAGCACUGCUUUAUAAAAUAGCUCAGUCAGCACUAAGAUAAAUGAACCAUUGUAAUUUUCUAUAAUUGAGUUAAAAUGUGACCAGCUUCAGGGAAAGAAUCUCCAGAUAUGCAAUUUUAGAAUAAUUUACUAUGUGAGCAUGCAGUGAUAUAAUUGGCAAUGCUA